AUGUCGUCUAUCCUUUAUAACACAAACUCGAGUCUUAUCCAAAAGUUCCAAAGAAAUGAGUCCCUGGCUACAUCUUCGCAGUCCGUGAGGAGAUUGCAGCGGGAGGUUGACCCAGUAAGGCACAAUGUUGAGCCAUUGGGGGUAGACCAGCCAUUCCAAAGCGAAUCCCCCAGGGACUCCCCAGAAUACCUCGGGGAACUGUGUUGCUCCGUUUACCCACGGUCGUUACAUUGUAGAAUUGAAGGGCUGGAACUGGGCGGGACUCUUGAGGCACACGCGUUGAUAGCUUUGAUCUUGAAGAGUUUUGUGUUCAGUUGGUACGGGACCAAGAUACCCACCCACAACGACGAAUUCCAUGUGUUGCUCUUCGACCUAUUUGACACAUUCACGCAGUUUAUUGCAGAAGGGCAGGAGACGGUUCCCUGGGAGCAAUUGAUAUUUGACGAUUUCCCGCUGAUCCUGUCGCAGCACAUUGACACCUUGCGGAGACUGCGGACGUUGUAUCCACACUCGGCACAGGAGCAUGCAAAGUUGUACAAACAGACCUGCUUUAUCGAGGACGGGAGGUACCCUCGCAUAUUUGUGGAACUUCUGAAGGGCUCCCUAAGGGGCCACAAAUCGCAACUCCAGGAAUCGUUCCUGGACUCCCUGUGCACAAACGUCAUAUUUGGGAGAGUGUUCGACAGUAUAUCUGAGUCCUACUAUGUUGUUCGUCUAAUGACAAAAGUGUCAGACCUGUUGCUGGCAAAGAAGACGAAGGAUACUAGCAAGGUCAGGUAUGGCUCUGUCGUGUUUUUAUUGAGAAUGUACAGAUCCGCAAAGGUGCUCGUCAGUUCCAUAUUGCUUCAUGCUAGGGAGAAACGAGCUAUAUCGACCCCCACCCCGAUCCAAGACCGGUAUUUUUCCACGUUGCUGCUCGAGGAUAUCUUGAUCUUACCGGUGAAGGCACCACUUCUCUAUUUUCUUCUCAAGUGUGUCCACAGGGCAGUCGCGAGAGUACACCUUCUGAAAUCAUUGGUAAGCUCAGUGGCCUACAAGUACAUUCACCGAAGGUUGCUUACACGCCAUGUGGUGGCCACUGGAAUAAACAAGAUCAGGGAACUGCUAUUUCCGAACGAUAAUGAAAUGGGCCCCAGAACUGUUAUACCGACAGGUGACGAAUUUGAAGUGAUCAAACAGGUGUGUGCAGAUAAGAUGUGGAACGUCCUACAGUUGUACCAUAUUAGCGGGCCAUGCGGGAUUACCAGGGUGGAUGUGACAACAUUUGUGGAAAUGGUGUGUCAGGAGGACAAAAGUUGUAACAAAAUCUUGAUCUUCAGGCUGUUAGACUGCACGUUGGCAUACAUUCUGGACAACCCAACGGACUGA